AUGAAGGAGGAGAAGCAAGACAGGCCCGACGCAGAGCUCUUUAUGGGAAAAAGCUCUAGAUGGAACGUGCUAGUGAGGGUUCCACACAUCAAAAAGUACAUACGCUCUCUGAACGUGUGGAGCUUUCUAAACAACUUUGAGGCAAACCUCGCAAAAAAACGGUAUUUGGUUCUGGGCCUGGAGGGCAUCAUUCUUUCCUCCACAAUAGCGCCCCCGCCGCGCCGGGUGGACCACAUAGUGCAGUACAGAGCAAGCGGCAGCCUAUGCACGCACUUUGUGCGGUAUCGCCCAAUGCUGCACGAGUUCCUGCGGGAGGUCGCGCAGUGGUACACGCUUGUUCUCUAUACAAGCGCGGAGAAAGAGUUUGCUGACAGGGUGGCGGACUAUCUGGAAAGGGACGAGAAGCUGUUUGCGAGCCGCUUCUACCGGAGCGAGUGCGACUACAUAGACGGGCGCUUUCUGAAGGACCUGGAGAAGGUCUCUGAGGACCUUUCUUCCGUGGUGUUUCUAGACUAUGACUUUGGAAUGCACAAAAACACGCUUCCAAUAGACAUGUUCACAGGGUGCCCAAAGGACCGGAGCCUGCUUUCCACGGCAAUAAUACUGGACAGCCUGCGCUUCUGCUCCGACGUGCGGAGCAUUCUGGAGCUUGCCCAUCUGUAG